AUGCUUCAGAAGAAUGGCUUCUCCAUCCUGGGCUACAGAAGGGAACAUUUCUUAUUCGACAAGGGGAGGCUCUUCCUGUUUUUAUAUAUCUAUCUAUCUCAGCCUAUUCAUAUCUAUAUAUCUAUCUCAGCCUAUAUCUAUCUAUCUAUCUACCUAUCUAUCUUAGCCUAUUCAUAUCUAUCUAUCUAUCUAUCUAUCUAUCUAUCUAUCUAUCUAUCUAUCUAUCUAUCUCAGCCUAUUCAUAUCUAUCUAUCUAUCUAUCUAUCUAUCUAUCUAUCUAUCUAUCUCAGCCUAUUCAUAUCUAUCUAUCUAUCUAUCUAUCUAUCUCAGCCUAUUCAUAUCUAUCUAUCUAUCUAUCUAUCUAUCUAUUUUUCUAUUCACUUCAUUUCCCUUUCUCUUUCUUUCCUCUUUUAUUCUUACACCUCCCCCUCUCUCUCUCUCUCCUUUUAUUCCUCCACCUCUCCCUCUCUCUCCUUUUAUUUCUCCAUCUCCCCCCUCUCUCCUUUUAUUUCUCCAUCUUCCUCCUCUCUCUCGCUCCUUUUGUUCCUUCACCUCCCCCUCUCUUCUUUUAUUCCUCCGUCUCCAACUUUAUUCCUCCGCCUCCCACUCCCUCUCUCUUUUUAUUCCUUCACCUGCCACCCUCUCUUGCUUCUUUUAUUCCUCCACCUCCUGCUCUCUCCUUUUAUUCCUCCGUCUUCGACUUUAUUCUUCCGCCUUCCCUCUUGCUUUUUUUAUUCCUCCGCCUCCCCUUUCUCUCGCUCCUUUUAUUCCUCCACCUCCCCCUCUAUCAUUUUAUUCCUCCACCUCCCCCUCUCUCUCCUUUUACCUGUCUCAACUUUCGUCCGUUCAACUGAUUUUUCUCUCUGUCCCUCUCUUCUUUUUGCCCACCUUUCACCCCCCCCUCUCCUAUUUAUUCCUGCCUUUUUACCUUCUCUUCUUUCCUCCAGCCUUUUUCCCUUUCUUCUCUCCUCCAGUCUUUUCCCCUAUUUUCUCUUUUUCCCCUCUUGA